AUGCCGAUUUUCCUUGCCUUACUGCUGUCGUUAUUGCGGUCGGUUAUGUCGCGUUUGGUGGUGGUGAAUGAGCGGUCGGGACAUCAGCUCGUCCGCCUGACCAUAUCGGCACCACACUUACAGCAUCCACCGCCCGACGACACCCCGCGGCUGUGUGUCUGCACCACGCACGCACGAGGACCACCACAGUGUCGUGAAGCGACGAUGGUGAGGGCGUUUGGCCGAGAGGGAACAAACAGCAUUGGGCAGGCCGACCUGCUGGUGAGUCGUCGGGGUGGUGUGGUGGUGGCCGUCAAGCACCAGCACAGAGUGACUCUCAUGGCACUGCCGACAAACACUCAACGAGGUGAGCGAGACGAGACACCAUCACCGUGUGUGUGUCUGUGCUUCGUUUCAUUGAUUGUCUUGUCUUGUGUUUGUGCAGGUGAUGGUGGCGUGCUGUCCGUCGGCCUUGUCAUCGAACCACACACCACCCACACCAACACUCACACUAUCAGCCUGGUCGCGUCGUGGCGGCUCUUCCGCGGCCUCAUGUCUCGCGCCGAUGCCGCUGCCGCCAGCCCGCCCAAGGAGUCAGUAUGCGAGGCGCUCCUCACCGUCAUGGAAAUCAGCGAGGAUGAGUGUGCGGCGGCCUCGCCCGCAUCAAUUUCGACCGGCAAUGUGCUGCCAGCGCCACCGGCCAUCGUGCAGAGAGGCGACAAGAACAACACACUGGUGAGUGAGUAA